AUGGUCUUGAAACGAAGUUUAAAAACUCACAGAGAGCUCUACCGGGAAACUCUCUCAAACCACAACGCCCCAGCAAAAGAGGACGAGGACGUGGAGGAAGAGGACGCGGAAAUUCAAACGCCGGUUGCACACCUCGACAGGACGACCCACAAGCCGCCGAAUCCGCCAACGCUUCCAACAGAGAUUCUCAAGGCACCAACACCAAUGCCUCGAGAGACAGAUCGACCAACAAGCAUUCAAACUCGUCCAACGCUGGCAACAAACACAAGAAGUGGCUUUGCUGCAAAUCCUGCACUUUAUGUUUCUGCCAACGCUCUCCAGUAUUUAGGCAACAUACCAUCCUGGUAUUACUUUUGCCGCCCACAGUCCAUGACUUUUCAUGACCUUACUACAACACUUACACCAUCUUAUGAUCUUUGCCCACUCUUGGGCUUGGGCCACAAGUUCAUUCCAAUACCUCAAUAUUCUAAUGGUCCUCGCGAGGUCCUUCGCCAAUUUGACCGUACUACCAAUCAACAUAACACUAAUGCAAACCCUGAGACUGAAACCGAUACUGAUCGUCAAUACAAUCAUAAAAUGUAUGUCCCAUCUGAUUGGGAUCCGCCAAGAUUCACAUAUCCUGCAAUUGUUCAACGUCGUCUCAACAAUUUCUGUAAUGAAAUUCUAGAGGAAUUUGUCCGCCGACGAGGCCGCUCAAACCUUCUCCCCCACCAACGCCGCGCGCUCCAAUGGGCCCAAACUAAAGACAAUUUUGUAAUAGCUCUCACUGACAAAAUCUGGGCUUUUGCAUCAUUGAAAAACGUGAAUAUAUACAUCGAGUUCGUACUCUGCUCUCAGAUGUCAACUCCUACACUUGCCUUUCUCAUGAGGAAGCCAUACUUACUGCCGCUGCAGUUCAAGUUGAAAUUUUAG